AGGAGUGUCAAGCGAGGAUAAUAGAGAGAAGGACGGUGUAUGGUAGCUAAAGAGAGUGAGAUAGAUACAUACAUAAAAAGACAAAGAGAGGAAGAGAGAGAGGGAGAUUGAGGAAGGUUAGCAGAGGCUGCGAGAUGCAGGCACUAUUAUUAUUGCAUGUAGUCAGCGAGUGUUGUUUGCAACACCGUUGGGCUUAAAAGUAGCCAGGCUCUUGGAGAUAAACGCAUCUUUUACAGUUAGAUCACUUAAUUAAGGAAUUUUUACACGGUUCGAUGUUGGUACAUAUGAAAUUCUCCCUAAAAUCUUGCCUGGUCUCACUGUCCGGCUUUUAAUAUGAGACAUUAACAUGGCGACUUCUCUUUACAACUGCAGACGACACGACUUUCAGUGAAUUUGACCGGUAUUUAAACGGUCAUUUUUGCUUUUUUUGGGAAAAAAAAACAAAACAUGCUUUCGAUUAUGGAUAAAUAUACACAAUAUCGAGAUAUUAUUAAAGUAUAAUUGAUUGGCAAGUUAUGUGGAAAUAUUUUUGAUUACUAGCAAUAAUAGCAACCAUGUCUCUAACUGACAGUGUUGAAGACAAACUUUCUGAUCAGAAGGCAUCUCCUGCUAGGAGUAGAGAAAGGUUAUCCACCCCAGAGAAACGUCUGCAUUUCAGACAUAGUGAAUCUGAAACGGUUUUUAAAUAUCCAUUUCCACCAUUUCUAUAUGAUUUACCUGGAGAUGUAGACAGUGUAUUUGCGGAAGGUGAUAAAGAAAACAGUCUAACUACACAAGAUGACAGUGAUGAAAGUAACUCCUUGUCUGGAUCCCAUAUUGAAGUUAAUACAGUCUCAGGAAACCUUAUCCAACAUCCUAAACCAAGUCCAAAAAACCUUAAAAAAAUCAAAGCAAUUCAAGAAUGGGAGAUAAUUAAUGGAUUGAAAGAGGGAGAGAAAUGUGAAGAAAAACCAGAAAAAUAUCAGGGAUAUUUACUUAAAAAACGAAAAUGGCCCCUAAAAGGUUGGCAUAAGAGAUAUUUCUUUUUAGAUAAAGGAAUUUUAGUUUAUGCUAAAUCUCCAAAUGAAAUUCAAAAAGGUAAAUAUCAUGGCGUUAUCGACAUUGGGUUAUCAGUCCUUUGUUUUAAGAGAUGCCAACGCAGGAUAGAUAUAGAUGCUGAAGAGCUGGUGCAUCAUGUGAAAGUGAAAGAUCCUCAGCUGUUUGAAGAAUGGCUUUCAAGAUUAACACAUCACCGACUAUAUCGCCAACAUGAAAUAACCUAUGGGACUAAAGAUCAACCAAGGUUGACUGAAUUAGCUUCUCCAACUGAAGAAAUUACAUCACUUCCUACAAGUGCAAAUUUACCUGAAAAAGCACGUACUCUCAGUAUGGGGAAAGAAAGCGUACGGCAAGCAAGUUUAAAAGGUCGGCCAAACCAGGCUACUUUGUUAACUGGUUGUAGUAAAGUAGCUGCCUGGCUAUUAGAUUCAGAAGGAAUUCACCAGUGCAAUAAAGAAAUGAGUCAAGCACAAAAUCAUUUAUACGAACUAAAAAUUAUUCUGGAAAAAAUGAAAAAUCUUCCUUUGGCCACAGAUUCUAUACUUGGGUGGGAUGAUUUAAAUUUGUCUGAUAAAAAGAAAUCUCGCCGUGCCGUGAGCUCCCGCUUUAACAAACUGAAGGAAAAGGGAAGUGCAGCAUCUAGUCCUCAGCAUAAUAGAAGUUAUGUCUCAGGUUCUUCCAAUGUUUUAGCUGCUUCUCCACAGGACCGCAAUGUUCUGUCUGUAACACCUGAUAGGAUACACCUUAGCUGUUCCAACCCUAACUUGAUCACAUAUGAACAGGAAAAAAGCCGACCACAUAGCAUUUCUGAAUUUUCCUCACUUACCAAUCAUGAACAACGAAUCAAAGAAAUUAAGUUGAGAGAAAUGUUUCUGAAUCGAGCACAAUCUGUUCAUGACAUACUCAAGUCAUUGGUUAGAAUGGUAUCCACAGAAAGAGAUCGUUUGAAACAAGCUCUUGAACAGAAUGUUAUUGCUCAAAAUAAUAGUAACAAUAUCAGCUCCCUCAAAGAAUCAAUGGCUGAGAAUUGUGAUGAUGUUUCUGAAUCGUUACUUCGACAAAAUGCUGAUCUUCGGGCACGGUUAUCUCGUAUUCAUACUGAUUCUUCAGUUCCUGACUACAAUACUGGAAUGGUUUCUAAUUCACCUUUACCGUCCCCAGCAGAUAAAGAGGGCACUGAACAUAAUACGCUUACACAAUCUUUCUCAGCUGAAAGCUGCUCAAUGUCAGAAUAUUACGAUGCUCCUGAAGCACUGGAAUCCCAAAGUGACACUACAUCUGAAGCCUCUGAUGAACCUUCUAGUGAGAUCUCUGAUGAAGGCAAUGAAACUGAUUACAACAGCAAAAUUAGUAUGUCGGAAGGAGAGUUGUCUCGGUCCUUUCAGACAGGUCGACGUUCCAAGCUACCAGUUCCAAAACCCGAUACAGGUGAUGUUAGUCUGUGGAAUCUUCUAUGCAAAAAUAUCGGAAAGGAUCUUACAAAGAUUUCUAUGCCUGUCACUUUAAAUGAACCAUUGAGUUCUUUACAACGAUUAUGUGAAGAAUUGGAGUAUAGUGAGUUGCUGGAUAAGGCCUCUGAAUUUGAUGAUCCUCUAGAACGAAUGAUUUAUUUAGCAGCAUUUGCUGUCAGUUGCUAUGCAAGCUCAGCACAUCGUGCUGGUCACAAACCAUUUAAUCCAAUCCUAGGAGAGACAUAUGAAUGUAUUCGAGAAGAUAAAGGAUGGCGUUUUAUUUCUGAACAGGUUAGUCACCAUCCUCCAAUAUCGGCUUGUCACUGUGAUUCUAGAAAUUUUAUAUUUUGGCAAGAUGUGCGAAUAAGAACAAGAUUCUGGGGGAAAUCAAUGGAAAUACAACCUAUUGGAAAUGUGAAUGUCUUUCUACCUAAAUAUAAUGACCAUUAUCAGUGGAAUAAGGUUACAACAUGUGUGCAUAACCUACUUGGUGGCCAACGAUGGGUUGACCAAUAUGGAGAAAUGCACAUGAGGAAUGGAGAUAUUUCCUGCAAAAUUACUUUUACAAAGGCAAGUUAUUGGUCAGGGAAGAGACAUGAGAUCUACGGUCAAAUAUUUAAUCAAGAUAACAAAGUGGUCCAUAAUUUAUUUGGUAAAUGGAAUGAAGCUAUUUACUGUGGUGCUUCUGCCCCCUCUGCUCGCUGUAUAUGGAGACCUGGUACCAUGACUGAUGAUCAUGCUCUUUAUUAUGGGUUCUCACGAUUUGCUAUUGAACUCAAUGAACUGAAUGAAGAGGAAGCACGUUUCCUUCCUCCCACAGACAGUAGAUUCCGCCCUGAUCAAAGACUUUUAGAAGAAGGGAAAUUGUCUGACUCAGAGAUAGAAAAAAUCCGAAUAGAACAGUUACAGCGAGAUAAAAGGCGGCAAAGAGAUGAUAUGAAAAUAGUAUAUAUGCCUCAAUGGUUCAGAAAACUUGAAGUAAAUGGAAAAGAAUUUUAUGAAUUUACCAGAGAAUAUUGGGAAAAAAGGAAAGAGCCUGGUUUUUCCAGAAUGUCCCUUCCCAAGUUAUGGUGAUGGAAUGAACUCAGCAGGGAUUUAUUGAUUAUGGCUGUGAGCUGAUUGACUGAAUUUCUAUUAAUCAACCAACAAGUUGAACCAAAAGAUUUUCUUUCUUUAUAACCAUGUGAUAGAACAGAUGAUGACUGUUGUGGUUUGCUCAUUUCUUGAAGAAUCCAAUAUUAGUUUCUUAAUACUGCAGGUUAAGUCCAGUGGGGCUGUUAGUUGAGAGACCGUCACUGUCAAUUAUACCACAGGAGGACUUUCUUCAAAAGAUGUUUCUUUGGUUACCAAGAAUGGCAAUCCAUAAAUGUUGUAGAAAUAUUAUUGCCUUGCUGGAAAGUUUACAAAUGACUGCCUUGCAUGCACUCUAAGAAUUUUGGCAGAGCCCUUGGCCAACUGCUGAUUCCAGUUAGCUUAAAGAGCAAUGGCAGAUAAUCUGCCAUUUUUAAAUCCCAGAUUUAUUCUUGUUUGGGCUUUACUGCAAGACCACUUUGAAAUUAAAGAAAAGAAAAAAAAAACAAGAAAAGAAAAAUCAUGACAAAUGAAGUUAAGAGACAAAAAAAAACCAAACACUUCUGAAAAUGUUUGGAGACUUAGUAUUUAGCUACCAGAUCUUCUUGCUCUGCUCUGGUUGGUUAAAUCAUGUGAAAUAGCGACCAGCUUUUUUUAAAACUUUAUUCUGGAUAUGAAAUCUGUACAGACAUAGGGUGAAUACAUUAUCUAUAAAUUGUCAAUUAAGUUUUGCUUUCAGGUACAUUUUUUUUAGAUGCCCAUGUUACUAAUAGGUCUAAAUCUAAGAUAUUAAUUUUGUAGCCUCCUCUAUUAAUGACAUUUGUCGACUAGCUCAGUGUCAACCUUUUGUUGUUUUCUUCAAAACUAGUCAUGAAGUAGAUUUAGUAACAAUACCAAUAUUAUUUGAUAAGAUGCAUCUCCAACUGGUGUCUUUUUUUUUCUCCCUAAUCUAAUAGUUUUGUUGCAGUCAAUAUCAAUAUAGCGGCCAAUGGUACAUGAUAUAACUUAUAAUAAAGUAGCUAUUUGCUUUCACUUUUAGAUACAUUGCACAUUUUGGGACUUGUAUUAAAUUUGUCGAAAUAUUAAAUUAGUGAAACUGUCACAUUUCUUUAAUUUGGUAUUUUUAGCUCAAAUCAUUUGUUUUUAACAUUUUACUAAAUUCAACCAAAACUCUUUAAGUCCCUUAAUACUUUUGCUAUAGACAUUCAAACUAUGUAAAUUAUCAAAUCUAUGAAACCAAGCAGUGAUUGACUGUGUUUUAGCUGUCUUGAGAACACUUGCCUAUACAGAGAUAUAUCUUAAUCAAAUGAAGUUACCGUCCCAUUCUCUAUCAUUUUAUUACUGUUUUUCUUUUCAUUUUCUCUGUUAUAGACUCGUUUCCAAGUUUCAGUCUCUGAAACCUACUGUAAAUAGCUUAUUUUUUGGUUUCUUACAAUGAUAUUGGAAUUGAUAAUAUAACAUAGUUGUUAAGUUGCCUUAUAAUUUUGUUGUUGUCAUUCAGUAUAAUAACUGUUUAAUGAGAUAUAUCUACAACUACUAACUGCUGAGUGAUUUAAAUGCUAUGAUAUAAGUGAUAUGGAACAAUUAUUUGGGUGGGUGGGGGAGAUCUGGAUCAACAAGUUUAUUCUACUGAAACUUCUAACAUAUCAAAAGAUGGAAGGUUGCACAGCUACUAUGUUAUUGCCAUGAUUUCUGUAGAUUAGUCAUGUUAUUAUUAUUAGUUCAUAUUCUGCCGAGGUCAACUUUGCCAUUCAUCCUUUCAGGGUUGAUGAAAUAAGUACCAGUUGAACACUGGGGUCAAUGAAAUUGACUAGCACCCUCCACCCCACCAAAAAUUUCAGGCCUUGUGCCUUUAGUAGAAAAAAUUAUUAUUACAAUUAUUAUUUGAUAGUGAUGAUGGUAAUAAUAGCUCUUGAUAAUAUAUAAUAAUUCUCUGAAACUUUUCACUUUAUGUCUCAGUGCUGAAGGCUGUAUCUGUCUUUCUGUAAAUGAUUUUCCAAAAUUAUAUCUGUUCUUCAUUUUUGUGAAGCAGUUUUGAAAUGUGUGAGCAAUCAGUUUACUGAACAAUGUUAAUUAAUUACUUAGCAAUAAAAAUGAAUAUUGUAGAAAUGUUAUUUUAUAAAAAAAAAAUAAUUAAUCCUACUUCUUUAUGCCAUUUCAUUUAACUCUUCAGGUUUGGAAUUUCAUUAGACUAAAUUAGAAAUAACUCUUUGAUGAAACAAGUAAACCUUGAGUAGGAACAAAUAUUAGUAACAAAUAUUUUACUACCAAGGUAGACUUAACUUUCCAUACUAGGGUCAAGUAACUGACUACGUUCUUCACCUAAAAAUGUGUGGCUUUGUACUGAAGUAGAAAAAAAAAUCAUCAGUAUCUUUAUGUUUUUAAAAAGGAAAGAGAGUAUUUGGAAAAUUCAAUUUCUUUUGUGUAACAAUUUAUCAAAUACCUGAUAUCUAUACAUCUAUUCACUUCUUACUCUCUAUUUACUUUGUUUUUCAUAAACCUUCAUUUAGAAUUGUAUACCCAUUUUUACAAAUACCUUUUGUUUAAAUCUUUUUGCAUGGAAGCCUUUAUUUUCUAGUGUUUUUUUUUUUUUUACAAAAUAUCUUAACAAAAACAGGUAAUACUUCACUCCAUAUUACAAUAUUGAAAUUAAAUGCAAUUGUCCAAAUAAGAAUUACAUAUUUCAUUAGCAGAUUGUUAUACAACUAUUAAUGAUAAUACCCUGACCUUUGGUAUAGUCAGACUCAAAAGUUUUUUGUUUUUUUUUAUAAUCAGACUGUUUGUAAUUUAUAUUCAUAUUUUGGUCCUUUUUUUUUCAAAUUGAUAAACACAAUUGAUAUUGAAUAAUUAAACUUGAAUACCUCAGUGUACAAUUUUUCUCAUUUUCUUAUAACGCCUUAACUGAAUGUAACUCUUCUAUUAUUCCAAAUUAUAGUCUCUUUUUUUUUUUCGUUUUUUUUUUCUUUUCCAUUGGUAUUCUAAUGAGAAUAUAGCAUAAUUCUUGCCUUGCCAAAUAUUAAUCCUACAUUUCUCUGUUGAAUUUUCUGAUUCAGCCAUUCUUUAUCAAAACUGUUCAAAAUCCUAAUGUUGUUUUAUUAUAAUGAUAGUAAUAAUAGCUCCAGUCAUGAAAUUAUUUCCUAGAUUAUAGGAUCAAACUUAACUAUUGAUUAUAUUAUUUAUUAAUGACCUCUGGUCUGUUUUGUAUAUUAAUCAUGGCCCCAGGUCUUUUGUAAUUUAGUUCCUUCCACAGAUGUCAACAGGGGAAAAUGGACGAAAAACAAUGGAAUAGAACACUGAUUUGUUUUUUCUAAUGUUUAUUGCUAAUAUGCUGGAUUAUUGGCUAUUGUUGUAUGUACAUUAACAAUAUCUACAUACAUGCAGACUUACAUAACAUGUGUGUGUGUGUAUACAUAUAUAUAUAUGCACACACACUACAUACAUACAUACAUACAUACACAUACAUUCACACAUUUUAGCUAAUAAUCAGAAAUGCUAAGUCACUUUCAACAUAUUGUCUAGUUUAGCACUUCAGCUUUAUGUUUUUGUUUUGUUUUGUUUUUCAAAUUGGUUACUGACUGUAUAUAGUAAUGGUAAAAAUUGUUCAAAGUUGCCCAUAUUUUAGAAUGUUUUAUAUUUUGUAUCCAAGAGAAAGUAAAAACAAAUAUUUCAUGCCAGAUUGCCAUUCUAUUUAUUUGUAGCAUACUAUUGGGGAAGACAGAUGGGAAUGUUUAACUAUUGACAAAUAUAAUUAAAUGUUAGAAUUGAUGGACAUAGUUUAUUGUAGUUAACGGAAACUGUGCAAACAUAAAUUCUAAGUUAAUAAGAAAUUGUUUCUGGGUUUCGAAGUUGAAAAAAUUAUAAUCUAGUGAUCCCUUUUUUUCCUUUUUAUUUUAGUGGCAUGUGUGGGGGAUUACUUUUUUAUUUUUCUAGGUUCUAAUAUUGAUAACAAUUUCAGAAACAAGUUUUCGAAUUUUGAUUUUAUCGUAUAUGUAUUUAUACUAGUUUUGGCCUCUGGCCACCAUUACUUUAUGGACUGUCCUUAGUUUAUAAAGCUUUUUGUCUCCAUUAUCAGUUUUGGGAUAUAUUUACCCACAACUGAAAUACCAAAACUGCAACUUAGAACUGAGUUAUAGGUUUUCAAAAGAUCCCUGAAAUAAGUAUGUAUAUAUGAGUGUGUGUGUGUGUGUAUAUGUAUGUAUAUAUAUAUAUAUGUGUGUGUGUGUGUGUGUAUAUGUUAGUUCUAAAAGCAUUAUGGAAAUACAUAUACCCAGGACCCACACCAAAUAUGCCCCUAUUAAGCCUUCCCUAUCUUCUUAUCUCCUUAUUACUCAUCCCUCCAUUACUCUUCUAACUACUGUAUUAUUCUGCAACUGUAAAUGAGAUCAGAACCUUUUUGUUCUACCACUAUCUCUUCUCCCAUCAACGUUCCCCACCUUUGUUCACCCCUAUAUAACCUCUGACCUUCUCCACCCUUGUUACUAUAUGCCUCUUCCCCUCCCAACUCAUAUUCACCAUUGACCACUCCCCUUUAUUCACUCUAACCAUUUGUCACUCUCCUCCCUCACUCACAGGAGUGGGGGAGGAGGAGAGUGAGAGAUGAUUAGAAAUGGGGUUCUGGUGAAUGUCCCUACUGUUCUUCUGUUUCUAUUCUAUUCUGUUUCUAUUCACUGCUUUGCACCUUGAGGGUAUACUUUGACACUUUAUCUCUCUUUCUAGUGCUAUCCCAAUUAUUCCCAUCCUUAUAAAAUACAGGGUAGCCGUAUAUAUUUCAUCUUCAGCAGCAAAUAUCUUCCUGUCCCUCUACCAUAAUUUACUCUCUCAACACCCAACAUAAAGUCACCUCCCUCUCUACUACACUUCCAUUUAACCAAGAAGAUAUUUUAGCCUUGCAAGCUAUAUGACGACUUCACUAGUCCUGGUGUCACAAAAGAAACAUCCUGUGCACACUGUGAAAUGGUUGGCAUUAGGAAUGGCAUUCAACUUUAGAAACCAUGCCAAAGCAGACAUUAGAGCUUGACGCUGUCCUGUACCUCAUCAAAUCCUGCCGAAUAGCCAGCAAUAAAGAUGAAUGCUAAAUGAUGAUGAGAGUAUGUGUGUGUCACUUAGAGGUCUUCAAUAGCACUGAGAAAUGAGUAGAAGCAUUCAGUCCUUAUAAACAAUUAAUUUCUUUAUUCUAGUUCUGAUAACAUCUAAUAUCCUAUCAAUAUUUCAUCUUAACAGACCAACUUUUAUUAUAUAUAUAUUUUUUUUAAAUUUUAGUGAAAUAUACUAUCUUUGAUGAAAUGCCUUUUAUCUUUUAGAUAUUUUCCCAAUAAUAAAAUUGUGCUACAAUGUUUAGUAAGGUAUACAAUAGUUCCAAAAGUUUUAAUUUCCAGUAUUUACUGAGUAGCUGCAGAUUUCUUUCAAUGGAAGUGUUAUAAACAAAGAAAAUAAUGAAUCUAUGCCAGGACUCCAGCUUUUUUUUUUUUAUUAUGUUUAUUUCUUUUUCUCUCAGACUGGAAAAAGAAUAUUUCUUUACUACUAAAAAAACAAUGAUACUUUAUAAAAUUAAUCAAUUGAACCAUGAUUUGGUUUAAUUGCUUUGAGAUCAUAAACCAUGUUGGUCAUCCAAUCCCAGUGUAAGAAUGUUGUUCCACUACUUAAACGAUGGCAGCUUGAUUGAAACAAAAAAAAAAUACAACAGAAAGACAUGAAACAAUAGUUUAGAAGUUUGGGAUAGCCUCAACAGGCUAAAACAUUAUUGCCAAAAUUAGGUAAACCUAUUGGAAAUAAAUAAUUUGCAAGAAA